AUGUUCAACAUAUUUUCGACAUUACCAGUAUCGCCAUCUUCAUCACGGCCUUCUACAAUGACAAACUUUAUUCGAUGGUUAUGGCGAUCGAAACUUGCCCGGAUUUUGGUACUAGUGUAUUUGACGUUCUCGGCGGUAUUUUUAUUUUCAUUUACACACUUUCUUCGACAUUCGGGUCAACCGUUAACGGAACCGGAAAAUAAGAAUAAGUCGAGUGCUAUAGUUGACAGAACGUAUGAUACAAAAGGACUGUCACCAAUUCACGAAAUCAAAGAUAAAGUUAGAUUUAAUAAAAUGCAUUCAAAGAUGCCACAGGUUUAUACGGACAGUGUGAUACCGUAUUAUUUGCGUGCGUAUAAUACGCCUGAGGCUGAAGAUGUGUCUGCUACGGCAUUUGUUACUGAAAAUCGACUCGAAGAUUUAUUGAGACUGACGGAGAUGUGGCAGGGUCCAAUCUCUGCAACUUUUCAUUUACCAGCAAAAUCAAUCGAUGAAACAGAUCCAGCUGUUCGUAAAACCCUACUAAACCUAAAAAACAUAUUCACAAAGAACUCUAUUCUUCGACGAAACGUUGACGUACAUCUAGUAGCUGGUCUAAUUAGCUCAAAAAAUCCCGAGAUCCUACCAAGACCCACAAAUUUUCACUUGAACGUCGCUCGAUUUUUUGCGCGUUCCGAUUUCGUCAUGUUCCUUGAUCACGACACGUGGCCUUCGUCAAACACACGCUCGAUAAUAAGGAAUAACAAGCAUUUACUGGUUCAGAAUGAUGUCAUAGUUUUGCCCACCUUUAUAUUUACCGAGAAUGCGACCACCUACGAGUUUCCUGAUACACAUACAGAAUUGCUCGAUUUGGUGAAUGGGGGAUUGAUGGGAUUGCAAGAUGAUGGAUGGGAAUUGGGAUCGGGGCCGACUUCUCUUAAUAGUUGGGCGAAUGGCGACCUAUAUAGUAUUGAAGAGUAUGAGUUGCAUUAUCGGCCAAAUUUCGUGUCUAAAAAAGGAGGUAGCAUACCUUGGUGCACUGAAAGAUUUGAUGACAAUAAAGCAGCAUGUUUAUACCAAAUGUACAUAACUGGUUCUGAAUUAUGGGUGAUUCCCGAUGCAUUUUUAAUACGGCAUCACCUAAAUCCUGAUUCACAUCUUCUAAAGCCUAACGAGUCGAAAUGGGCGAAAGCAAUCGACAGUCGCAUGUACACAAAAUACUAUCGCGAAGCAUGUAUACAUUACGCGCGACAAUUUGUGAUGGCAGGGGAAUGGGACACGAAUAAAGCCCAACAUUUGAAAAAUGAGUGUAAUCGAGUUUUGAUUAAUUGGGGUAAAGGGUUAAUUGAAGGGAUAUAA